AACGAUUUUAUAGCCGCUCAAACUUUGAGAUAUCUCGUGCCAUCUGUUGUUGCGACAGAAAUUCAAGCAAUGCUUUUAUCAGUGAAUCGUCGAAGAUUCGUCGGGUUCAAAGUAGGUCGGGAAGCCGACUCAAGCUCCGUUGAGCCCUUGUGACCUUUCGUAGUUUGUGGUGACCUUCACGCGAGGUUGACCGUGGAGUUAUUCGUGAGUCCGUCCACACCUGCUCUUCGUCUUUUCUCUUCUUUGUCGUGAAACAUUAUUUCAAGAGGAAACCUUAAGAGUCAGCAAAAUGUCAAGGGAACGUGUAUCUAGAAGAUUUUAUCGUAUGGACAGCAGUAAUGAUUUACUUGAAUUUAUGGAUCGUGGAUACACUGCACAACAUGAAAAUCGAUGGAAUUUUGAAGUUGCAUGGGAAGCUGCGAACAAAGUUGGUGGUAUAUACACGGUAAUACGUUCAAAAGCUUUUGUGUCAACGGAGGAAAUGGGAGAUCAAUAUUGUCUUAUUGGUCCAUAUAAGGAAACUUCAGCUAGAACUGAAGUGGAGGAAGCAGAUUUUCCAAAUAAUAAUCCAUUGCAUAUAGCUGUUCAAGUUUUACGUGACCAAGGAUUUAAAGUGGUAACAGGGACAUGGCUAGUCGAUGGAAAUCCACAAAUAAUUCUCUUCGAUAUUGGAAGUGCAGCUUGGAAAUUGGAUGAAUACAAACAGGAAUUGUGGAACACAUGUAAUCUUGGAAUACCUCAUCUUGAUAUAGAAGCAAACGAUGCAGUUAUCCUUGGCUAUCUUGUUUGUCAAUUUAUCACUGAAUUUAGAAAAGCUGCAGAGGGAUAUUCAGAUGUUCCACCUCGUGUAGUGGUACACUGUCAUGAAUGGCAAGCAGGUGUAGGCUUAAUUGCAUUGAAAACUAGGCACGUGGACGUAGCUACAGUUUUUACUACGCACGCUACUCUUCUUGGAAGAUAUCUUUGUGCAGGAAAGAUUGACUUUUACAAUAAUUUAGAUCAAUUUAAUGUUGAUGAAGAGGCAGGCAAACGCCAGAUUUACCACAGGUAUUGCAUGGAACGAGCAGCCACGCACCUAGCAGAUAUAUUUACGACCGUUUCAGAUAUAACAGGUUUCGAAGCCGAACAUUUGUUGAAACGAAAGCCAGACAUAAUUACACCAAAUGGUCUAAAUGUAAAGAAAUUUGCGGCGAUACACGAAUUUCAAAAUUUGCAUGCUGUCAGUAAAGAAAAAAUACACGAAUUUGUUAGGGGACAUUUUUAUGGACAUUAUGAUUUCGACUUGGAUAAAACUUUAUACUUUUUUAUUGCUGGACGAUAUGAAUUUGGAAACAAGGGCGCCGAUAUAUUUAUCGAGGCUUUAGCCAGACUAAAUCACUAUUUAAAAUCAUCUAGACCCGACAUAACUGUAGUCGCUUUCCUUAUUUUUCCAGCGCGUACUAAUAAUUUUAACGUAGAAUCGUUACGAGGUCAUGCUGUCACCAAAUCAUUGAGAGACACAAUCAAUGACAUACAACAGAAAAUAGGAAAACGUAUGUACGAAUUAUGUCUUUCUGGUCGCAUGCCCGAUGCUCAAGAUCUUUUACAGAAAGAAGACACUAUUAAGAUUAAACGGUGUUUAUACGCUUUACAAAGAAACGGAUUACCCCCAAUUACCACGCAUAACGUGAUUGACGAUUGGAACGACCCGGUCUUAAAUGCUAUCAGAAGAUGCAAUCUUUUCAAUACAGUUCAUGAUCGGGUCAAGAUAGUGUUUCAUCCAGAAUUUUUAUCAUCGACAAAUCCAUUAUUUGGUCUCGACUAUGAAGAAUUCGUCAGAGGGUGUCACUUAGGAGUUUUCCCCUCAUAUUACGAACCUUGGGGAUACACUCCAGCGGAAUGUACUGUUAUGGGUAUUCCUAGUAUAACUACGAAUCUAUCUGGUUUCGGAUGCUUUAUGCAGGAACAUAUAGCCGAUCCCAUGAGUUAUGGUAUUUAUAUCGUGGAUAGAAGAUUCAUUGGCUUGGAGAGUACCGUUCAACAACUUGCCCAUUACAUGUUUGACUUUGCACGACUCAGUCGUCGGCAACGUAUUAUUCAAAGAAAUCGUACUGAACGUCUUAGCGAUCUUCUUGACUGGAGAAAUCUUGGCAUCUAUUAUCGUCAAGCCAGAAUGAAAGCUUUGAUAGCCGUUUAUCCUGAACUAGCUUCUGAAUACGCCGAAGGUGGAGUAGGUCGUUUUAGCUAUCCCAGACCUAUUAGCGAACCGCCAUCACCCUCUUCUUCCAGACACACUACUCCGGCUGCUUCGGUUCAUGGUUCUGAUGACGAAGAUGAAGACGAAGUUGACGACGAGAAAGAGCUAGAGGAGUUGCGGCAAACAAAUGGUAGAUAAACGAUUGAAAUAAUUGAAAAGGACAGUAAACGAUAACUCAUACUAGAUGAAGACGUGAAGACUUUACGAUAAUAGUGCCAACAAUUUGACCAGUAUGGUAUUCCUAUGAGAAAAAUUAACCAAUAAGCUACUCAUUAUAUUUCAUUUUUGCAGUUUCUCAUCGUUAUUUCCGUAACAUACAUUCGCGAAAAAUUCAAUCAUAACAGAACAGUAUUUACACAUGACACGUAAAAUCGUUACAAAUAAGUCUUCCACGAAUCAUACCCCCGCGUUUUGAAAUAGUAAUAUUGUUGUAUUUUGAGAACUAUAUUUGAUGUUAUAUAUGUAUACGUAUAUUUAGCCAGUGUUCCUAUUAUAUAUAUAAAGACAGCUAUAUUUUUAUGAAAAUUAGCGCGCGCAAAAGAGUUUGAGAUUUUUAGUUGUCAAAACACCAGGAAGAUCUAUAAUUGCUCCUCUGUGAUUCUUUUAUGCGUUGAUAUCUGAAAAUAAAACUUCUUAAAGUUUGUUACGUCUAGGUUUUUAAUUGUAAAUUUUAAACGCGAUUCGAUCAGUUUGUAAGAAUUAUUAUAUUAUUAAUCAUUAACGUAAUAUACAAAACAAAGUGCUAAAAAGUUACAUUCUUUCUUGCGACGAAAUCAUUACAUUUGGCAUUUCACGAUUACCAAAAACUGUUUUGUCUUCUGCAAAAAUUCUUCAAAUAAAUAUGUACACGAUUCAGAAACGAACAACAUACUACAUAACAAUACGCCUUAAAGAUAACAAGUACAACAAUAUACAAAGCCACUAAAUCAACAUUAUUUUUGCGAUCGAGUUAAAAGUAUUUCAAUGUCUUUGAUGGUUAUUACACAUGAGAGAGAGAGGGAGAUAUAUAUAUAUAUAUAAAGAGAGAGAGUGUGUGUAUGUGUAUGUAUGUGUGUGUGUGUAUUUGUGUGUGGAAAAUUUGGAAUGGUUCAUUACCACGUGAAACUAGGUAAACACGAGGAGAUGAAUAUGAGAUGAGAUUCGAUAUUCUUUUCACCUUUUCACGUCUGCCUUCGCGGUUAACAACGACGAUGUAUCGUUAGAAAAAUGAUGACAUCGAAUACAAAACGUUCAAAUUUCUAAAAUACACGAUCAUGAUAUAUUAAACGUGAUCAACACCUUCACCGUCAAAGUGGGCUUUGAUUAGGUUGUGUGACGAGUGGCCGUUGCAUCUGUGUAAUGCUAGAAGCAAUGAUCGAUGCCUUUUUGAUUUUAUAAAUGAAUCUGUAUAGCUAAAAUUGCUUCGAUGCUAUUUAGUGUCCUAGUUGGAAAGAAGAAAUUAAGAGACCAAAAGUGUGUGGAUCACUAUCACUUCGUGUCUCAUUUCGAAACGAAACGAGAAAUUUCGUGAAAAAUCCCUAAGUUUGAUUUAAUGUUUCGAUGCUGUCUACUCGCGAAUUCUGUAAGCGGCAAAAGUGUUGAUCCGUAUCAUUCAGGAAUAAAAGUCACCUCCGUAAAAAUUAUCUAUCGCGCCAAAAAACAAAAUGUGAUCAAGAAAAGCAACGGAAUACCGCGUUAUUAGUUAAAAAGAGAAGAAGUUGAGAAACGAAUCCUGUAAAGCAAUACUGAAUUACAGUUAGUCAUAAGAUUCUUUUUUAACCUAACGUCUUAUAAAUAACAUAACCGAUAAGAAACAGUUUAGAUUCACGUAAAGGAUACUAAAGGUAUGUUACACGUUGUAUCAACAAAAAUUAGUUCAUACGCCUAGACAAGCAGUAUACGUGAACGAUGCUGGUUAAACCUAAAUGGCACGUUUUAUACAAUUACAUACAGAGAAUCUGAGAACUUUACACAACAGAGGACAAUGGAGAAAGUAACUAUACGAUAUAUUAUAUAUAUAUAAAAAACGGACAAACGGAAUCGCACGUGUUUAUAAUAAACGUUAAAGUCGUUACUAAUACGUGUUCUCGUAAUACUUUGAUUCCUCGAUACAAUUCCUUCCUUUGAAACCUAAGUAAAGCCCGUUUUUUUCUUUUUUCGUCGAAAGCUUUGUCACGGUGCUUUGGAACUUUUUGCCAUUCGUCUCGCUCGACAGUAUUCACGUGUAAAAAUAUUUGUAAUUUCUAUGAGAAAAUAUGCAGUAGGAUAGUUAGUUAAACGCAGUACAGUUUUUAAGUCAAAGAUCGGUCGUAGAUUCGAUUAAAAUUAAAUUUUCUACGAUGCAGUUGCUUUAUAUGGUUGUUUAACGAGUUUCUCUUUAUACGGACUUUUAACAAUGCUGCUAUAUUAUCGCAGUGUACAGAAACGAACUGAAAUCACAAAUUUUGAAAUUCAAGUAUUUUGAUAUUUAAAAAUGUUAACAUUUACAAAUCUAGAAAUUUUUAUUUUCAAAUUAGAAAGUUAUAAGAACCGCAGACAUGUUCCUUGUUUACAAUUUUUUUUCGCCCUUAAAAUCUGUCCACAACCAUAUAACGAAACUGCACUGUAUAUUUAUUUCGUUUCAUUCGGUAUUACCGGAAUUGAAAAAUAGAAAAUCGUAUGCUCGUGUUUUUCGACAAACGCGAUUCGAACAAAGUUUCUACGAAACCCAUUUUCUUCUUGUUAUUUCAACUAAACUAAUUGAAAGUUAACUUUUCAUAUUAGCAAGUUUACACAUCAUUUACUGCAUACUUUUUUUAAAUCGUCGAAGCUUUUAAACGUUAGGGAAGGAAGGGAGGCUCGUUUUUAGACCGUAGGCAGAGACAACCUUUGGUUACACAACAAGAAGACUAAUAUUAUGAUAUAAUAUCCCGCAAAUAGUCGAUAAAUAUAUAUAUAAUAUAUAUUUGCCUGGAAACUAGUCUAAGAGUCUUUAGUUAAUUGGCAUUUUACGGCGUAUGGCCUCAAGAUACGAGUGAGUUUCACGCAGUUAAUCUUUCUUCAUUUUCUGCUUUCGUCUCAACGAGACAUUAAAAGUUUCGAAACGGAGCGUUCAAGGUGUCGCUCGUGUCUUUAAUUAGCCCGUUUGAACUUCCGCGGAUCUCGUGGACCUGUUUGCACGAAAUUGCCGGUAAAUAUUCUACUAACUUUGGCUACAAACACCGUCCAAUACACGAUGUAACGUCACACGAUCAUCCAUCGAAUAACUUCAUUCAUUUCUAAUCUCUUCAGUAAUUUUUCAAAAUGUUUCACGAUCGA